CCCACGACAUCAAUUGGACAACAGUUUAGAUGCGGGUUAUGAAAGGUAGGAGAGGUAGUGCUCAAAAAGAUCCAUUCAUCUGCUACAAUGUGAUCCCUUUUGGAUGUGUUUUACUCACCUUGCUGCCCACAGGUAAGGUUUGGAUACCUGUGGCCUGGGCAGAGACAACGAUACGCUCGAGGAGGUUUUAUUUUAUUGCCCUCAUAAUAUCAUUCUGUUCCCCUUUGGUUUAAUUACCCUGGGAAUCGCACGGGGAAUAAUCACGGGAAGGACGGGACAACGGUGCUAUUAGUGAGAUGUUAUCAGUCCAGAUAUUUCGAGGUGCUGCCGGGAUGGGGAGGGGCCAUCGGAGCUUUCCUGUCGAGUAUGGCGAUGGAUAAGUAUAAGACCCCCUGGAAGAAUGUGAUCACAUAGAAAAAAAAUCAUCAUUCUGUUGCCCUCCUUCGCUCGAGACCCCAGACGCUCCAACAUGCAGCAUCUCAUUCUCCUCGCGUCGCUCUUUUCCCUCUCCACGGCUUCAAGUGAUUGGUGCUACCCCUCCCAGUUCUCCUGCACUCAUCAAUGCAAAACACCAGAGUCCUGGAACCAGGCCAACAGUGCGUGCGGGGGGAGGGCCCAGUCCCCUAUCAACGUGGUGACGAGGAAGGCCCUGGUGGACGAACGCCUCGGACCCUUCACCUUCCACAACUACCAGCAGACCUUCCACAGCACCAUCAAGAACAACGGCCACUCCGUGCAGGUGUCUGUGAACCACCUGGCCACGGUCCAGGGAGGGGAACUGGUCACGGGCUACAAGGCCGUGCAGUUCCACCUGCACUGGGGCAAGGACGGAGGCCCGGGCUCAGAGCACACCAUCGACGGAGAGCAGUACCCCAUGGAGCUCCACAUCGUCCACAUGAAGAAGGAGUACACUGAUCUGUCCGCGGCACUGAAGGACCCCAACGGAGUGGCCGUGCUCGGAUUCUUUUACGAGGAGUCGAGAAGUGCCAACAAGAAGUAUGACAACAUCAUCAACGCCUUGCCGAAGAUCACAGCACCAAAUAGCAACACCAGCCUGGCCUCCAUCAGCCUGGACCAGCUGAUCCCGGCCAGGCAGAACCUGACCACCUACUACCGCUACAAGGGCUCCUUGACCACCCCAGGCUGCACCGAGUCGGUCGUCUGGACCCUGUUUGAACACACCAUCCCCCUCAGCAAGGAGCAGCUCCAGGUCUUCUCCAAGCUCCGCUUCCCCAACGGGGAGCCCAUGGUGGGGAACUUCCGGCCCCUGCAGCCGCUCAACGGUCGGAUGGUGUACCGAUCGGGCGCCGGCGCCCUGCUGGCCAGCGCCCUCCUGCUGAUGGCCUCCGUCAGCGUGACCCUGGGUCUGUCCCAGCGCCGCUGACGGAGGAGGAAGCCCCCGAGUCAGGUGCCCCCACGACCGCAGACAUCCAUCCACACACCUCCGCCCGGGGGCUCUCGGCCUUCCGGUCCGUUUUUUUCUCCGUACUUUGGGGGGGCUUCCGUGUCGGGACGAUGUCACGCUAAAAUGACCGUCCGUCAGUCACGUGAUCAGCCUUAUGGGAAGAAGCAAGUUUGUGUUUGUGUGUGUGUGUGUGUCGCAUGCGUGUCGCAGGGCAGUGCACCUGGCGUUUUAUUAUUUGCAGCAUUUUUGAAUGUGCCAUAUAGCCGGUCGAUAUAACUUGUUAAUCUGUACUAACCCCCAAAGAAUACAACCCAAUCCAGACUCGCCUAUAACGUCACGAGCACACACCUCCCCCUCUCCCAGCGACCACGGUCAGUCCACACUACUACCACUCUGUUUACGGUCAUAUAACCUCUAGA